AUGGUCUCUGCGCUCAGACAGCAGCGCUCCCAGCCCUUCCCAUCGCCUGACUCGGGCGAAGAGCCCAGAUGGAGCGGGAAGAAUCUCCCAGCAAAUGGGUACAGCUCCCUCUUCACUUCUGGCCUGAUGCGGUCCUCUCGCUCCCCUCUUACCCCUCCCCCGCCUAUCCGGACUUCAUGCUACCGGACUCCACCCCGCCUCUCCCCUUCUAUCGACAUCGACAUGUCAUCCCCUGCCCCCGCUCCGGCAGUCUCAACCUCGUCGGCGGACACGCUCCCCUUUCCCCAAGCGGCACCAUACCGCCCCUCCCGCUCCCCGCAGGAAACCCAGCGCCCCUCACCCGCCCGCCGACUCCCCUCCUCCCCGUCCAAGCUACGCGCUCCACCCGCCAUCGCAGCCGAUCGGGCACUCACGGACGUCAUACACAAGCUCCGGCUCUACGCCUCGAACCUCUCCCCAGCUAAAGCAGGCGCUAACUUUGCGUCCCCGUCUCCCGCAAAACAGAGCAGGUGGUCCUCGUCGUCCGAGGAGUCGAAUGCGAACACGGGGGAGGAGGAACGAGGCGAGGCGUUCUGGAGGCCGAGGAAGAGCGGGGAGAGUACGCGCAGCAAGGCGAGCAAAGUCAGUAAGGCGGGGACGGUGAGGUCUGUGAAGAGCAAAAAGAGCGUGUGGAGCUUGAAGAGCAGGCGGUCGGAGGAUGGGGAGAGGCCAGAGCACGGAGAGGAGAGACCGCCGAUGCCGAGCAGGAAGGAUGUGCCUGUGUUCGAGGGGGUGGGGAUGAAGGGGAAUGGAAAGGGGAAGAAUGUGGAGCAGAGACAGCGGUACGGCCAAGAGGCGGGGAUGGAGCAGGGUCAGCAAGCGCAGAUGCCGACUACACCAGGGAGGGGGAGGCGGGUCGUGGAGGGCCUAGCGAGGCGAUUAGGGUUGACGCCAAAGAAGAAGAACAUUCCACCUACACCGUCUCGCUCCGGCGUACACACUGGCCAAAUGGCCCCUCCCCCUCUUCCAACAGCUAUCGCCGGACCGACCCUACCCCUGCCCUCCACUUCCACCUCUACCUCCACGUCAGCUCCCACACCGGUCGACCCAAACCUCCCCCAACCUACCGGCGAGCGUAACAUCCGGAAAUCCUCCUUAUCCACCCUCCGCUCCUUAGCCAAAAAAACAUCCACAGGCACCCUUCGGUCCGUUCGGUCCAUAUACGGCCACCCACCCUCGUCGUCCUCUACUCUCCCCGAGCCGCCUAUGCCAUUCACAUCCGCAUCUAUAUCGACACUGGCCUUCCCGCCGGCCUUACCGCCGACCACUCCGCGCCGGCCCGCUCUGGGUAAAAAGGGGAGCAUGGGACCUAUAGGCCAACCGAAAGCUGCGCGGCCGAGCUUCAGCCCGAGUUUGUUUGAUAGUGUGCCGAGGAGGGCGCCAAAGACGCCGGAUAGGUGUGAGGAGGGCGCCCCGGCUGGGUCUGUGGCUGAGGCUGGGGUUGGACCGGGUGGAGAGGGGGACAGGGAGGGGAUGAAGAUGAUGGACGUGGACGAAAUCAUCACUUUCGCAUCUACAUCCUUCCCAUCUCCUCCGCAUACAGGCCUUACCCCGGUCGAUACUUUACCGGCCACUUUGGACAAUUCGGUCGGCCAAGCGGAAUAUACCCUCGACUCGACCUACUCCCCAGCACUCUCCACACCCCGCGCGCUUGCGCUCGGCGAGUCCUCCCCCGUCGACCCGAUCGAGGAGGAUAUCGACAUGGACACAGAGUUCAACUUUCACGAGUUCCUCACUUCGACGCCGGUCUCGCAGCGACUCGGACUCGGGCAGCACCGGGACGGUAAUUCUUACUCGACCGCUAUGGGGUGGGAUACUCCUCCGGGACCGGUACUGGCAGGAGGAGCGGCUGGAGCUGGAGCCGGAGCUGGAGCUGAAGUCAGGGGGACACCACCCCUGACGCUCAAGGCAGCUCGUGCCCAACUGUCCGGGUCGGCGGAGAAGGGGACAUUGGGAGGCGGGAAGACAAAGUCGAGGUUGAUGGACCUCCUCCCGACGUACAGUCGACACGCGGGCAUGUACACGGGGUCUUCGGAUACCGGGUCCGCUCUGGAUCCUGCCCCGCAUGCGGCGGUGGCGGGAGCAUACGGCUCGGACGGGGCAGCGGAGAUGGGGAAGGAGAAGGACAAAGGAGAAGGCGCCAAAGCUCGCUUCAAGAAAUCCUUUUCUCGAUCUCGAACCAACGCGUCUACGCCAGCACUGGUGAACGGUCUCCCAGCCGCGGCGGCUACCGCUCCGCCUGCCCCGGCAGCGCUUCUCCCGCCUAGGACAGCGAGCCGGGUAAGGGUUUACCCUCGAUUGGGGACGUCUACGCAUCCCGCGUCUACGCUUCCGCUCAAUAUCGCUGCCACAACCGCUGCUCGGGAUCCGCUUGGCCCUCUCCCCCUCCCUAAUAUCAAUACCAACACACGCCCCGUCGUCUCGGCAUCUCGCGCCGGACCCUUCAGCCGAGAAGACGUCCCCGUCCCCGCAUCUCAUACCAAACCCCAAUCCACUUCCGUAUCCCCUGCUCCUCACGCCCGCCCAGCUACGUCCAUGGGCCAUCACCCAUCCCACCACCGUACGCGAACACCAUACCAGCACCCUCCUUUUCGACCGGGCACGAGUCUAGCCCACAACAAGCGGGACACGUUCGACGCGGACUCGGAAUUGAACUUUCCCCCUUUCCCUCUGCCACUAGCUGGACCCGGCCGUCAGCGCGUACCCGACUUUUCACGGCCGAUGAGUAAACAAGACCUCUCGUUCGAGUCAUUUAGGACAGCUCGGGCCAACCAACCGGGCGAGGAUGACCUGGCUGUCCCUAUGGAGGUAAGUAUGGACUUUCCUGUUCCAAGUUACGCCAAGGACAAGGACAAGGUCGAGCUGGACCUCGACUUCGAGCAAGGGGACGAGGAGGGGGACGUUGAUGGGGAUCAUACCGGCCAAUACGCGUAUACCCAUUACAACGCCGUCAGCGAGACCAGCCCCACGCAUACCAUCACCGCGCCCCGACCUGCAUCCCUGGAGCUCGUACGGCAAGGAUCGGGCGGACACGAGCGGAUGCACUCGAAUGCGAGCGGGGCGAGCGGGGUGAGCGUUGCGACUGGCGAGACGGGCCUCAGCGGCGUCUCAGGGAUGAGUGGAGUCACCGGGGUCAGUGGGACGAGUGGGACGAGCGGGGGGAGUGGGUGGGAGUUGGAAAGGUAUUUGAGGGAUAUGGAGACGGAUGAGGAUGAGGGGGAAGGAGAAGGGGAGAUGGUGCUCGAUGAGGGGGACGCAAUGGCCUGGGAUCGGGGAAGGGGCUCGGGGGCGCCGGGGACACAUAGGUUGAGAAGGGAGGGGAAGGGGCCGUUUGGGAAAGGCGGGGUGAUACAGCAGGCGAAAUAUGGGAUCAGGAUCUAG